AUGUCUUCGGGCAGCAGGUCCUUCUUUGCUCCCUCAGAGACCCGCGUUGAGCUUCCGCACGGCGCCAACCAGCAGACGCCUGACAUCACACGCCCCACAAGUCCUUCCGAAAAUGACCGCGCUCCCUUCCUCAACGGCGCUGCCAAUGACACGCGCGAGGACGUACGCAUGGGCGCCAAAGCGCUGCGCGGCGACUCUGAAAAACCUGCUGUCGGCAUCCUGGCCUUGGCGCCCAUCCUGAGCUACUGUGCCGCCAGUAUCACCAUGACCGUUGUCAACAAGUUUACCGUAUCGGGUGCCGGCUUCAACAUGAACCUCCUCGUCCUCCUCAUCCAGUCCACCGUCGGUGUCACCUGUGUCGUCAUCGCCGAGCGUGUUGGUCUCAUUCAGCUCCGCGGCCUGAACGCUCGCGAUGCCUGGAAUUGGAUGCCGCUCAGCACCAUGCUGGUCUUUGUCAUCUGGACCGGCAGCAAGGCGCUUCAGUACCUCAACAUCUCGGUCUACACCAUCUUCAAGAACCUCACCAUCAUCCUCAUCGCCUACGGUGAAGUCAUGUGGUUCGGCGGUCGUGUUACUCGCAUCGUCCUCUCCAGUUUCCUCCUGAUGGUGCUGUCGUCUAUCAUCGCUGCGUCGUCCGACAUCUCCAACCUCUUCACCAUCGCCAAUCUCUCGAUGCCCCAUACUCCGGACUCGAUCGCCGGCGGCAUGUCUGAAGACCCCUCCACCGGCGCGCUCGUGCCCGUACUUGACCCGCUCCAGGCCGAGAAGGACAGCAUCAACGCCCAGGCCCAGAGCUUCUCGGGCAACGACAUCCUCGAGGGCUUCCAGGGCUAUGGCCUCCUCUCGAGCGGCUACCUCUGGAUGGCGCUCAACUGCAUUUGCAGUGCCUCCUACGUCUUGCUCAUGCGAAAGCGCAUCAAGGUGACCGGCUUCAAAGAUUGGGAUACCAUGUUCUACAACAACUUCCUCAGCAUCCCGGUCUUGCUUAUCAUGUCGUUCCUCGUCGAGGACUGGUCGGCCGCCAACUUGCACAAGAACUUCCCGGACGACAAGCAGACCAAGCUCAUCGUCGCCAUCAUCUUCUCCGGAACCUGUGCCAUCCUUAUCAGCUACACCACGGCUUGGUGCAUCCGCGCCACCUCGAGUACCACCUACAGCAUGGUCGGUGCGCUCAACAAGGCCCCUUUGUCGCUCAGCGGAAUGGUCUUCUUCCACGACCCGCCUGUCAACUUCCCCAACGUCAGCGCCAUCUUUCUCAGCUUCGUUGCCGGUCUCGUUUAUGCAUUUGGCAAGAACAAGCAGGCCGAGGCGGACAAGCUCGCCAAGAGCACAACCGGCGGCUCGUCUUCCAACGGCUCCUCUUUGCCGAUGCACAACCUGAACGACAGAAAGCAUUGA